AUGAAGCAGCAGCUGCAACGACCCUUUGAUGUUUCCAAUCUACCAUCUCGUCUCGACUUUCUGCGGCCUCCAUCUCUCUCACCCCCUGACAUCAGGCUCCGUCACUUUGAUGUCAUUGGAACACUCGGAAAGGGUACCUUCGGACAGGUGCUCCUGGUCCGAUUUAAAGGUCUCGCCGCUACGGAGCCGAGGUCCUACUUUGCUCUCAAGGCGAUGAACAAGCGGGACAUUGUCAGGAUGCGGCAAGUGGAGCAUGUCAAUUCCGAAAAGGACAUCAUGAGGAAGAUCAGGCAUCCCUUUAUAAUCAGCUGUCAUUUGACAUUUCAGGACUCAAAGUGCGUCUACUUGUUGAUGGACUUUGCCAAGGGCGGUGAGAUCUUCUCCCACCUGCGUCGGGUGAAACGCUUUCCCGUCGAUGUCACACGCUUCUACAUUGCCAAUGUAGUCCUCAUGCUAGAGCAUCUUCACUCGAAGGACAUCGUCUACCGUGAUUUGAAGCCAGAGAACCUCCUGCUGGAUGAUCAUGGCUACUUGAAGCUGGCAGAUUUUGGCUUUGCCAAGGAGCUCAGCGGUCGGACAUAUACUCUAUGUGGCACGCCACCAUUCUUGGCACCUGAAGUGAUCUCUGGAAGUGGUCAUGGUAAGGCGGCAGACUGGUGGGCGUUGGGCAUCUUGAUGUACGAGUUGUUGUGUGGUUAUCCGCCUUGGCAUAGCGAGAGUGCCCUCGGUACGUACGACCUAAUCUUACAGGGUCGCCUCGUCUUUCCUUCGAACAUAGACUUCUUGGCUCAAGACUUGAUCCGAUCUUUGCUCUCUUCGGAUUUGACAAGACGUCUAGGCAAUCUAGCCGGAGGAUCUGCCGACGUCAAAGGCCACGCCUUCUUUGCCAAGGUGGACUGGACUCAGCUGGUGAACAAGGUGAUUCCAGCGCCCAUUGUCCCAGUGACGAUGCCGCUGGCGGAGGGUUCGCUACUGUCAAACUUUGAUACCUACGAUGCUCCAAACCCUGAAAGCUUCCCUGCUCUAUUGGGUCGCGAGAAGGAAGGAGAGUGGAGAGGCGAUUGCGAGUUUGAUUGCUAUUUCCGUACCUUUUAA